CAAAAAUCCGAAGACAGAAAAAACAAAAUGUCACACCGACAAAGUAAUUGCGUAUUUUGGUUGUGUGAUUUAUAAAAAAAAAAACAAUUAUUUGAGUGUAAAUAAAUUAUUUUAAAUGUUGUUUUUAAGUUGUGUAAAUAACAUGCAAUGUGGUGUGUGGAAAUGAAGUUUUAAUGUGCAGUGAACUUUUAAAUUACAGUGAAAGUUUAUAUUUAGCCGAGUAUCGAAAUAAAUAAAAGUGAUAAAUGCGAAAACGACACUAAUUAAUAAAAUAUAACUUUAUUAGACAUGGUAGUUUGCUGGACAAACUGCUCAUAGUAACUGGAUUGCAGAUAGAAUGGGGCAGCAGACAUCAAGGAAGAGUGGCGAGUGCACGUGCGGCUGCGGCGCGUGGGAGCGACGCCGCUACGUGGAGUCGCCGAGCAGUGUGCACCGCUACGUCAGCGCUGUUACUGACAGGUGGAGCGGGCGGCAGUGCUCGUGCCGGCGGCGGCGCUGGCGGCGCGCCGCCUGCGUGUGCACCGCCUACCGACGCGUCAGCGACGCGUGCAACGACGAGCGGCUGGCCGCCGUGUGGACGCUGGGCGCGCGCGACCUGCGCCGCGAGUUGGAGUCUAUUGUCAUAAAUACUGAAGGCGAUACAAAUAUAGAGGACGUGGAACCGACGGCCGAGGUGUACGUGCUGUCCGUCGCACCGCGCACCGAAGGCGAUCUGCCCCCGGAGGCGAGGGGCAACGAGCUGGUGCAGAGCGGCGACGGUUCCAUCAGGCGGUUUCAGGUGGUGUGCGGCGGCGAGUUGCGCGCGCUGCUGCUGCGCGCGCCCUCGCUGCAGCACGCGCUGCCGCCCGCCGCGCACACCAAGGUGCACACGCAGGUGGACUACAAGCACUGCCUCGUGCCGGACCUGCAGGAGAUCACCGCGUGCUCGUUCUACUGGGGCAAGAUGGACCGCUACGAGGCUGAGCGGCUGCUGGACAACAAGCCCGAAGGCACGUUCCUGCUGCGCGACUCGGCGCAGGAGGAGCACCUGUUCUCGGUGUCGUUCCGCAAGUACGGGCGCUCGCUGCACGCGCGCAUCGAGCACUACCAGCACCGCUUCAGCUUCGACUGCCACGACCCGGCCGUCUUCGCCGCGCCCACCGUCACCGGCCUCAUCGAGCACUACAAGGACCCCGCGUGCGUGAUGUUCUUCGAGCCGAUGCUGACGGCGCCGCUGCCGCGCGCCGCGCCCUUCUCGCUGCAGCAGCUCGCGCGCGCCGUCAUCGUCUCGCACACCAACUACGACGGUGUGGAGCAGCUGCCGCUGCCGGGGCGGCUGCGCGCCUACCUGAAGGAGUACCACUACCGGCAGCGCGUGCGCGUGCGCCGCCUCGAGCGCGACCUCUACCACUGACACAGCGACCGCGCGUGACCACACGUGACCACACGUGACCACACGUGACCACACGUGACCACACGUGACCGCACGUGACCGCACGUGACCGCACGUCGCUGACACGGCACUAAUUGAAGCUGUAAAACUGGCGAACGAAUAGUUUCAACAGUUUUAAAGCGUUAGACGGUAGCAAAAGCGAGGUAAACUUGUAAGAAAUGUCCUAACUUCACUAAAACUGUAUAUUAGAGCACACGAAAAGAACUGGUAUCGGUGAUCACCACAAGACUGCCUGUUAACCACGCAACGGAAUUGACUAUAACUGACUAAAUCAUAUAUCUCUAUCUAUGGUCACUCGAUUUCUUAUAUUGUACUGUCCCACACUAUCUUAAGCUCACCUCUGGAACGGUGCGUCGUUCCUCUCACAGUUGCCAUGGCAACCGUUGUUAACUACCAUUGUUACCGACUGCCAUGCACCAAUACUAGGUUCACUACAGUAUUGUAGUAGACUACAUUGACCUCACUACUUACUUGCUGACUACUUAAUACGGUCCCCAGCUUCGUUUCUACUAAUACACGCAAAUAGAAUAUCACAUUAAAAACUAUUGAUUUAAAUAUGGCAACCGAGCUAUGGUAACCUGUAAGGAAAACCAGUUGAUCUAUGUAUAAACUAUCGAGUAGUGAUACUGCUACUACUUUGCGUGAUACUAAACUAUAAUGUCGUGUUAUUGUUACUCUGUGCAUAUUUUAAUUGAAUUCUACUAAAUGGUAGAAUGGUAGAAAUUUUGAAUUUUUGUUGGGAGUCCAUAUGAAUUCUUUAUUUUUCUCUCAAGGUACACUCGUAGUGUAUCUCUGCAUUUUGAAUACUUCUUUGAUGUUAUGCAAAGUGUUUUAAUGUUAGCGGCACUAAGUGUCAAGUGUUUUAGUGCAACUUUAGUGUUUUAGUGUAACUUAAAGUUGCGUCUAGUUUCACCGAGUGUUCGGAUUCAUUUUAAGCGACCUGAAUUCUGACCAUUUUAUUGUUUGCUUGUUUAUAAUUUUUGCCCAACAUAAAAGAAUGAUGCCAAAAGUUAACUACUUGUUGUUACGAUUGUUUAGUGUAAAUGAACACUUUAAACUCUAUAGUGCAACACCAAACGACUUUUAGUGCCACUGAAAUUGAGACAAGUGUUUUUCCCUAGACUAGUGUUAGCGUACAGUGUAUUUAUAUAUGAAAUUAUUUAUAGGCAA